GUAACAAAGAUCUGACAUGAACAAGAUCAGCAAGUAAGCAACCAUCACCAUCAUCAGCAUAAACAUGGCGGCGCCGGUGAGGGUGGCCUGUCUGUCUCUCCCUGCCAGGCGCCUCUGCUUCCAACCCUCAGCUGGAAUAAGAAGUUUGGCGGCGGCGGCAGGCGGUGUGCGGAGACCAAGUGAUGGGCAGCAGCGGCAGAAGUCAGCGUUGUGGUGUGGCGUCUCCCCCUCCACACCCUCCCUCUUCACCCCCUCCCCUCCGCUGGUCCAGGCCGUCAGACACACCAGCUUUUACAACAGACUGACGGCCAACCAGCUGUGGAAGGGAGUGACCAGCGUGAGUAAUGCCGGCAAGAAGCAAGGUCGUGGAAAGGGUGUGGGGAAAAAGAUAGCCAAGAAUCUCAACCGGGGACAAGUUAUUGGCAUUGGGGAGAAGAACAUGGUGUGGCCCGGCCUGAACGCCCCCAUCCUGCGUGGCCGAGAGUUGGUGCAGCAGCAGAAGCUCCCGAAGGACGAGGAGAGGGAGGCAAAGCUCAUCAAGAUCCGAGACUCACAGGGAAAGUUCCGCAUGUUGAAGCUGGACCCGCUGGAGAGAGGCUGGAGUGGGACCAAGAUGCCGGGGCGCAGUAUUGGUGCACCCGACCCUAUUGGGGAAGACACCUUUGAGGGCUUCGAUACCAAGAUUCUGGAGCUGAAGGUGGUGACGUGCAUGACCAAGGUGUUCGGCAGGAAGCGGCGCAUGAGCAUCUUCGCUGUCACAGGGAAUGGCAACGGGCUGGCAGGGUUCGCACUGAGCAAGGCGACCACUGUGCAGGACGCCAUACGGAAGGUGAAGAACAGGGCCGGACAGAAGCUGCUCCACGUACAGCGCUACAAUGACCACACUGUUCUCCACGACUUCUUCACCCAGUACGGUGCCACCAAGAUCUAUGUGAAGAAGAUGCCAGAGGGUUACGGGCUGGUGUGCCACAGGGCCAUCCGCACCAUGUGUCAGGUGGUGGGCAUCAAGGACAUACAUGCCAAGGUGGAGGGGACGUGUAAUGUGCAGAAUAUGACCAAGGCCUUCUUCCUAGGGCUUAUGAACCAGAAGACACACCAGCAGUUGGCCAAUGAGAAGAAGCUGCAUUUGGUGGAGUUCCGAAAGGAGAACCUGAAUUUUCCGAAGGUGGUGGCGUCCCCGGAAGAUGGUGAAGUGCGGACCAGGGCUCAAAUACCACAGGAGGAGGAGAUGGACCUAACAAGGUACCUGAUGGGUGGCCGUGUGCAGCUGCAGAGCAAGAAGUACCCUCCGCCUUACACCAAUCUGUACUGCUAUGAACUGUACCUCAAGAACCUCGCCACCAGACGCAAUAAUGAAAAGGUAAAACUGGAUAUGCUGGUACAUGAAGGGGAGGUGAGGAGCUUCUACACUGAUAAAUACCCAGAAUGUCGACCACAGCAACCCAAGAGUCUGCAGCAGGAACAGCAACAGGACGAGAUGGAGGCGUAGAUGAAGAACCAGAGAAGAGCUUGGCUAGAAGAGGUGUGGGGGGAGGAGGUCAGAGUAGGUUGAGAAAGAGAGAAGAAAGUAAGAGAUGUGAAGAUUGGAGGAGAUUCAGUUUGAGUGGGUUUGAGAAAGAGAAGAAAAAAGUUAGAGAUAUGAAGAGUGGAAGUGGUUUAGUUUGAGUGGGACUGAGAAAGAGGGAAGAAAAAAGAGAUAUGAAGGUUGAAGGAGAUUUAGUUUGUGUGAGUUGGGAAAGGAGGAAGAAGGAAAGGAAGAUGAGAACUAAGAAAAAAAGGUGUGAAGAUUUAACUUCAUUAGAUUUGAGAAAGAAAGAAGAAAGUAAGAGUUGUAAAAAUUUAUAGUGCUUUUGUGUGAUUAGGUUGAUAAAGGAAGAAGGAAAGGAAGAUGAGAACUAAGAAAAAGGUGUGUUGAAGAUAGAAGAAAUUUAGUGAGUAGGUUUGAGAAAGAGAAUAAAAUAAGAGAUAUAAAAAUUUGUAGUGGUUUAGUUUGUGUGUCUUGAGAAAGGAAGGAAGGAGGUAUGGAGAAUAUAAGAGGUAGAGGUUUGAAUAGGUUGAGAAAGAGAGAAGAAUAUAACAUGUGAAUGUUGAAGAAGAUUUAGUUUGUGUGGCUAAAGAAUUGAAGGAAAGCAAGAUGAUAAAGAAAAAGAGGUUUAGUUAGAGCAAAUUGAGAGAGAAAAAAAAUAAGAAAUGUGAAGGCUAGAAAAGAUUGAGUUUGUGGAAAUGAGAAGGAGGGAGGGAAGGAAGAGGUUAAAGAUGAAAAAAAGGAAGAUGAAGGUAUGCAGUGGUGAAUAUGAGAGGGAGAGAGAUUAGAGAAAUCGUUUAGUCAUGAGGAAUGUGUCAGGGUAGACUACUAAUGACUCUCUCUCUCUCUCUCUCUCUCUCUCUCUCUCUCUCUCUCUCUCUCUCUCUCUCUCUCUCUCUCUCUCUCUCUCUCUCUCUCUCUCUCUCUCUCUCUCUCUCUCUCUCUCUCUCUCUCUCUCUCUCAACAAGGAUCACAGAUAGCGCUUAUCACCAUCAGCGCCACUUUUAUGAAUCAUACCUCUAAUCUCUGCCACUCAGCGAUGGCAUUUGGCAUUCACAGCACAGGGAGAGAGGGAAGGAAGGGAAGGGUAGGAGCUGUGAGCAAGGUAGAAAAGGGAAGAGAAAGUUGUGAUCAAGAGAGAAAAGGGAAAAGCUGUGAACAAGAUAGAAAUGUAAUGAAAAAGAUGGGUUGAAAUCAGUCAUGAAAAAGAUUGACAUGGGAAGGAGAAGCUAUGAACAAAAUAGAGAAAGGAAGGGAAGAGCUAUGAACAAGAUAGAAAAGACAAGGGAAAAGCUAUGAAUAAGAUAGAAAAGGGAAGGGGAAAGCUGUUAACGAGAUAGGAAAGGGAAGGGGAAGAGGUCUGAACAAAGUAAAAAAGAGAAGGGGAAAGCUGUUAACAAGAUAGGAAAGGGAAAGGAAAAGCUGUGAACCAGAGAGAAAAGACAAGGGAAAAGCUGUGAACAAGAGAGAAAAGACAAGGGAAAAGCUGUAAACAAGAUAGAAAUGGAAAGGGAAAAGCUGCAAACAAGAUAGAAGUGGAAAGGAAAAGCUGCAAACAAGAUAGAAGUGGAAAGGUAAAAGCUGUAAACAAGAUAGAAAUGGGAAGGGAAAAGUUGUGAACAAGAUAGAAAUGUGAUGAAAAGAUGGGUUAAAAUCAGUAAUAUCUGCAGAAAUGUAAUGGAAACGGGUUAGAAUUAGUAAUGUCUGCAGAAAUGUGAAGAAAAGAUGGAUUGAAAUCAGUAAUGUCUGCAAGUGUAAUAAAAAGGGGUUAAUAUCAGUAAUAUCUGUAGAAUUGUAAUGAAAAGAUGGGUUAGAAUUAGGUAUGUGUACAGAAAUAUAAUGAGAAGAUUGAUAUCAGUACUUAUGUCUGCUUGUGUAUCAAGAUCGGUACAGUUUGUUUAUAUUUGUACAGUAUAUGAUAAGAUUGUAUAAUUGAUAAUGAUAAUAAAAUGCCUGAUAUUUAGGUAUGAA